CGAAAUCAACUACCACAACCCAACAAACCUCUCGUCGUUUUCCUCCUUUUCUCACCAGUCCGAGUCUCAGCCAACCCCACAAAUCCCAACCAAACUCUGUAACGCCAUUGAAACUCAGAUAGACCGAUAAGGAAUCCAUCGAAGGGAAAGGAGACGACCCCUCAACCUUCCAUUCACAUUUCGCUCUUUCAUUUCUCUCUGUUAUUCUAUAAUUCCAUCUCCUCCAAUGGCCUCCUUAUCCAUCAUUUCCCCUCCCGCCGUCACUUCCUCCUCUUCCGCCUCCUCGUCUCUCUUCCAUGCCCACCGCCCGACCCUUUCCUUCCGCAAAUCCCACAAACCCUUCUCAAUCAAAGCCCAAUCCGCCCCUGUUCUCACCCAAGACGACCUCAAGAAGCUCGCCGCUGACAAAGCCGUCGAUUACGUGAAAUCCGGCAUGGUCCUCGGCCUCGGAACCGGUUCAACCGCCGCCUUCGUCGUCUCCAAGCUCGGAGAACUUCUCAAGUCCGGCGAAUUGAAGGACAUCGUUGGAAUCCCUACUUCAAAGCGCACAGAGGAGCAGGCCCGAUCCCUAGGGAUCCCUCUCUCCGUCCUCGACGACCACCCCAAGCUCGACCUUGCAAUCGACGGCGCCGAUGAGGUUGACCCGGAUCUCAAUUUGGUCAAGGGCCGCGGCGGGGCACUGCUGAGGGAAAAAAUGGUGGAAGCCGCUUCGGAUAAGUUCGUGGUGGUCGCCGACGAGACCAAGCUCGUCGACGGGCUCGGCGGGAGUAAGCUGGCGAUGCCCGUGGAAGUUGUGCAGUUCUGCUGGAAGUAUAAUCUGGUGAGAUUGAAGGAGCUGUUCAAUGAAGAAGGCGUGGAGGCGAAAUUGAGAUUGAACGACGAUGGGAAGCCGUAUGUUACUGAUAACUCGAAUUACAUUGUGGAUCUCUACUUCCAGACUCCGAUCAGAGAUGGGUACGCCGCCGGGAAGGAGAUUCUGUCGUUUGAAGGUGUGGUGGAACAUGGGUUGUUCUUGGAUAUGGCGACGGCGGUGAUCAUCGCCGGGACGAGUGGAGUGGAAGUGAAAACCAAGUGACUUUAUGGUCCGAGAUUGGGUAAUAUUUUCAUUGCCGUUGAUUGAAAUUUUUCUGAUCUAUAAAGAUCUGUGAUCUUUUGCUCAUUUGCUAGCAUAGCUAUGGAUGUAAUUGUUUACUGCCUGAAAUAAUCCACAGAGAUUUCCAAGCUCUUAUGGUGCUGGUUUGUUCAGUUUCUUGCCAUCUUUUGGUCCUUUUCGUUCAGUGUCAUCAAUGGCUUGUUUGAAUGGGUGUUCAUAGGGUUCAUAUUUUAGGGCUGAAAGCUCUUAGGGGAAGGAAUGGGAGUGAGAGGAGCUUUUUAUUGAGGUGAAAAUUAUAAACUGACAUUGUACAG